UGUUAUGUUUGCCUUUUAAAAACUGCAUGCAUGUUGCACUUAUAUAAGAAAUAUUAAUACUUAGUUACCUACAUGUAUACUUCAUCCGAGUCCUUAGCAGGUAACACUAUUAAACCUACCUAUAUUUCAUAGGUACCUACCUAACCUUAGGUACCUAACCUUAGGUACAUAAGCUCUACAUUAGGUACCUAAGCUCCCAUCAAAGCCUCAGUAGUAGAUAUCUUCCCUUCUACAACAACACCAUAUUUCUCAAUCAACAAACUUACGAUGGACGACGUUCCGCCACCCCCGUAUACCGAAACUGACAUUCAUUCACAUUCAAGUCGUUCACCUGUCGCUCAACCCGGGGCGAACGACGACAAUGUCUCUGUUACCACAUCAUCCCAUAGCACUACAGUCUACACCCCACCGGAAACCCCGCGAGAGUCGCACUUCAACUUCCCUGGUAGUGACGAUCAUCAUACAAUAGCUUCUGCUCAUUCUUACUUCGAGUCGCGCCCUGCUCUCAGAGGUGCGACCGGCAAAACCUUUGUAAUUUCGUUAGCUAUUACAGAGGAUGCUUCUCCAGAUGAUUUCCCAUACCCGGGCUGGGCAAGAGAACAUGACACUACCGAGCAGGACUGGCAGACAUUUCUUAAUUACCUCUUGCCGGACCAUGCCUCGCGGGCGAACUCGAAUGUCAUCGAGCGUAAAUUACAGGCUGAGGACGAGAAGCAAUCGUCAAAUACUAACAGAAGCAUUGCCGAGGCGCAACUAGGCCAAAUUAAAUUAUCUACUAAUUUGGCGACGCAAUCUUCGCAUGACGUCGAUGCCAUGAUCCGAGAAUGGAAUGAUGGCUUCUUUGGCCCUAGAGGCGUGACUAUUGAGCGAGCUACGCCUCAACCCCCCAGCACAUCGCGAACACCCGCCACCCAACAAAUUCCCCCUGUCGAACCCCAGUCUCACCCUCAACCCCAGGGGCAAUCUUCCAGAUCGUGGUGGAACCCGUUCAGACCCCUCGAGGCAAACAGCCGAGGCCUCCGUAUGGGGCGUCUCACUAUCGACAAUGAUCGCGUCUCGUUCGGCGACUCGUUCGAAGUAGAUCGCAAUGGCGUGCGUUGGGGCGGUCAACCUGCUGAUGGCAGCUCCCCCUUUGCUGGCCCAGGAACCCGUGACUUUCCUGCCGGACCCGGUCCUUUUGGUGAUUUCCAGCAAGGAAGAGGUUUUGGCGAACACGGCAUAGGGCGUGGCUGUGGCCGAGGGCGCUGGUGGCGAGAUCGUCCUGACCAUGGUCACCACGGAUCGCGCGACCGCUCACCCAGCUCGAGCUCUAGCGGUUCUUCCUCGUCAGACUCAGAUUCGGGGUCCAGCAUCGGCAGCCUUCCUGACUGCGAUGAUUUAAACGACUCUCAGCUUCCUUAUGCCAAGCAGUCGAUCCGCACAUGGCUUGACCACCCAGAGCAGCCCGUGACCAAGGAGAUGCUCAAGGCGUUGCGGUCCGAAAUCAAGGCCGCGAAGAACGCUCCUCUACCAGCUGACGACAGGGAGGUUAAUAGGCAGGCGAUGCGCCGAGAGGUGCAAGCGUUGCUCGCGCGAUUUAAAACCCUCAAGCGGGAGCAAAAGCGACGCGCGAGGUCGCUGCGUAAAGAGAAGAGGGAGCAGAAGAGAGCGCAUAAACGCGAGCGCCGGGAGCGGAGAAGGGCCGAGAAGCGAGAGCAGAGAAAUCUACAGCGCGACGUCAGAAGUGCCGAGCGCGAGAUGGAAGGACAUUCUAGACGCGGUCCUGGUGCUGCUAGCUCUUCCCACCCUUUCCCACCGGUAGUCGGUGACAUGCCUAUUCCUGCUAUGCCUAGCGUGCCUAGCCACGUCCCUGGCAAUCACCCAAUCAACGUACCAAGCUUCCCAUUCGGAGGUCCCGGUUUCCCCUUCGGUCGCGGCGGCAGAGGGCGAGGCGGACCCUUCGGCGGCCACCAUCCGCGCCCCUGGGAAGCGCACGUCCAACACGCAAAACAGCAGGCCGAGCAAGCGAGAGAUCUUGCACAACAACAAGCCAAUCAAGCCAGAGAUCUUGCGCAACAGCAAGCAAACCAAGCUAGAGCUCACGCACAAGCAGAGGUGAACAUGGCGCGGGCUGAAGCGCAGAGGACAGCGAAUGCAGCCCGCGCCCAAGCGGCUGCCACGGCGGCUGCCGCUAUGUGGGCCUCUGUUCACAGGGAGUACUCUCCCUGGGGUUCAGCACCGCCGCCGCCGCCGCCAGCACCAGUACCAGUACCAGCACCAGCACCGACAAACGACAAGCUCCAGGCAGCAGACACCCUAGACGCGGAGAUCACAGGCAAGGCACGCUCGCUAAGGGCGCUACGCGAGACGAUCGAGCGGGAGCGGACGGAGGCGGCGCUGCGUGAGGGAGAAGAACGGGGCGGGGACAAGAAGAGCACGAAUAAGGAGAGGAAGGCCGCGGUCCUGGAAGAUGAGAUCGAGAGGCUGCAACAGGAUGUCGAGAGGUUACGGUUUGAAGGCUUGCAGUUACAGGCCGAUGAGGAGCUUGCGAGGAGGUUGCAGGAGGAAGAGCAUCAGCGCGGAUAGACGAGACGAGAACCGCAGUGUCGAAGAGGGUGGAGGGGAUGUUUAGGGGCUAAACUUUUUAACGGAUAUUGCAAUUUGUUCUAGGUAUGGAUGGGCAGGGUUGAGGGUAUAUCGACAUGAGGACACGGAACCAAGCCAUUCACGAAAGGUGGCGGGAGUUUGCUGGCUAUGGUUAUAGUAUGAUUUCCUAGAGACUCGAGAUUUCGGUCAAAUUACGACACUUAUGUAUAAUAACUUUCAAGAGACGAUGAUUUCACCAAGUAAACAGAUAUAACA